AUGGCGGCUGUGAGAAGCUGGUUGGCGCGCAGCGUCUCCUCCUUCCUCAGGUGCAGACACGGCCCGGGCGCGGCCGCCUUUCGGAAGCGCUGCCUGUCGGAGUUGAGACCAUGGCCCAAGAGCGUGGCGGUGGGACUCGGGGUGACCCUGUGCGCGGUCCCCAUCGCGCAGAAAUCGGAGCCACAUUCUCUGAGUAACGAUGCACUAAUGAGGCGGGCCGUGUCCUUGGUGACAGAUAGCACCUCCACCUUUCUGUCUCAGACCACAUAUGCGCUCAUUGAAGCCGUCACUGAAUAUACUAAGGCUGUGUAUACCUUGAUUUCUCUGUAUCGACAGUACACAAGUUUACUUGGGAAAAUGAAUUCACAGGAGGAAGAUGAAGUGUGGCAAGUGAUUAUCGGAGCCAGGGUUGAGAUGACUUCAAAACAACAAGAAUAUUUAAAGUUGGAGACGACCUGGAUGACGGCCGUCAGCCUGUCAGAGAUGGCUGCAGAAGCUGCGUACCAAACUGGUGCAGACCAGGCCUGUGUCACCGCCCGGAACCACAUCCAGCUGGUCAAGUCACAGGUGCAGGAGGUUCGCCAGCUGUCCCAGAAGGCAGAGACCAAGCUGGCCGAGGCCCAGACGGAGGAGCUGCGGCAGAAAACGCGGGAGGAGCGCGAGGAGCAGGCCGGGCCGGAGCCAGAGCCGGAGGCCUACCUGAGGGAGGACUGA